AUGGUCAACCUUGAGAUCCCUUCUCAAUACACUUUCUCGCCUUCUGAGGGUACACCACACCUGACGAUCAACCGCGAGGCUACUAUCGAUCUUGACAGUAGCAAUGCAUUCGAAGGCCCAGAAAAGCUCCUAGAAGUGUGGUUCGCUCCAGCUGCCGAUGCUCUCCCUCCGGGAACGAAGCCGAAUGGGCUGAAGGCUGUUGCUGCCGAAACAUGGAAGGAAAUGUUGGAUUUGGUCAACUGCAAGGUUCUCUCUGUUGUGGAAUCCGAGCAUAUCGAUGCCUACCUCCUUUCCGAGUCGAGCAUGUUCGUCUUCCCACACAAGCUUAUCCUCAAGACCUGUGGCACCACAACUCUCCUGCUUGGUCUUAGACGCAUGUUGAGAAUCGCUGCUGUUGAAGCGAAGUUCCCAUUCGACAAUACCAGCUCGGUUGAUGAUAUCAAGACUGCUGCUACUCCGUACAGGGUCUUCUACAGCCGCAAGAACUUUCUGUUCCCUGACAAGCAACAUGGACCCCACCGUAGCUGGAAGCACGAAGUCAAGUUCCUAGACGACAUGUUCGCAGGCGGAAGUGCCUACAUGGUUGGCAAGAUGAAUGGUGACCACUGGUAUCUCUACCUGACCUCGCCAAACACCACUCUCACACCACCAAGAACACCAGACAACGAACGAGCUCCCACCGAGACCAAGCUCCUCAAGAUCCCAAGCAGCUCUGCCUAUGCCGUUGGCCAGCGUGCACUUGAAAAUGAUGAUGAGACCCUCGAGAUUCUCAUGACAGACCUUGAUCAAGAGAAUGCCAAGCAGUUCUACCUUGAACACGCGAGUGCGGUCGCAGAGGGCAAAUACUCUGAUCGAGCUCAACAAGCACGCAAGGAAGCAGCCAACAGUCUCGGUGACUUGAGCGAGGCCAUGACAAACUCCACUCUGAGCGGUACCACAGCUGGGAGCUUCACCGCAGACGAGAAAUUCGAUGUCUUCAGCCAGACAUCCUCCGAGAAUGGAAUUUACACCCCGGAAGAUGAGGCACCCUUCCCAGACGAUCUCAGCACCGAGGGACACGCCCUUGGCACUGUCGUCUCCGAGGUCUGCGGCCUCUCAGACGUGUAUCCCACCUCGCGAUACCCCGAUGCCCGUGUCGACGCCUACCUCUUCACACCCUGCGGAUUCUCCGCCAACGGCGUGAUCCCCGCCCCAGGCCAAGCUCCCUCUGCCACACACUACUUCACCGUCCACGUCACGCCCGAAGCUCAAUGCUCCUACGCCUCCUUCGAGACCAACGUCCCCGGCCGCCAGACCGGCCGCGAGACCUGCGAGGUCAUCGAGCACGUCGUCAAUAUCUUCAAGCCCGGCCGCUUCAGCGUCACGCUCUUUGAAGCCAAAGCCGAUUCCUUUGAAGCGCGAGAGAUGGGACUCGUUGCUGAGGAGAGCGUCGACGCGGCUAAGAAGGCGUUGGUGAGAAGUGCGAAGAUGGAGAAGAUCAGGGGGUAUCGCCGCAUUGACCGGAUUGUGCAUGAGUUUGAUGGGUAUGAUUUGGUGUUCCGAUACUAUGAGCGUGAGGGCUGGGCCGGUGGUGGGCCGAGAUUGGGUGAGAUUUACUGA